AUGAAUCAUAUGCGUGAGGGUGGCGCUGGUGGAAUAUCAUUAUCAGCGUCGGCAGCACUCUGUCGGAUUAGUUCCGCCAAAAGUGCUGUACAGGUUCGUUGUCGCGCAUGUCAAGAAAUCUUGUCAUGCCCAUUGGCAUUACGUGAACAUUGUGAGAGUCGUGCACACUCUGUCCGGAUAGCGCAACUUACAUCGAUGUUUAAUGAAACUGGGAACACUCCGGGUGGUAGCUCCGCACCAACGACAGCGAUAUCAGUGUCACCGAGUCCUGAAACUGUUCUCGAAUGUCGGCACUGUUCUUUUGAGACAACUGAUACUGCGGGCGCUAUCGAACACAUGCAGCAACAUCCACCAAAUGUAGAAGGUAGUGGAACAGAACAGGAAUGUUUGAAUCUGGAUGCUGGUUGCGUCUGUGAUCACGUGCAGUUAAAAGGCAGUACGAUUGCAGUUGAUGCUUUGGAAUUUUUAAAAACUAGUUUUCGAUUUGCUUCUGCGAUUAGUUAG